UUACAUUGUAAAAUUGUCAGUACAAGUUCAUUCUGUGUAAAAGGAAAGCAGUUAGAAUUUUUACAUAGCAUUUUUACACAGAACACAGAAAAAGUUGAAAAUCCUUUUAUUUAUCUUAUUUUUCCUUGUUGAAUUGUCAUAACUUCAAAUUACCAUUUUUUUAAAGUAAACUAAUCUUCCUUAUCCCAAAUGAAUCACAUCUGAAUGCUUUCUGUGUAUCUGUAGUGGUAAAUAUCUGUAAUUUUACUAUAGCGCUGGAUCUAUUAAUUAAAAAAAUUUAGUAACAGCAUGGCAUUUAGAGGAGGCCAUAUGUUUUUACUUCCUUUCCUGAGAGGACUCAGUAGGAAGGUGUGUGCAGGUAAAUCCUAUAAGGAAUGACAACUACUGAUUAAUCCAGUGACCAUAGUUGAAGUUCAUUACAAAUCAAAGCUACCAUGUAGGCCAACUUUACCACAGGGGAAAACAGAUUAACUAAGCCUGGAUGUUCAUUGCAAGAAUAUGAAGAAAUAGGGACUAUAAUAGGUUAAGAAUGAUAUAAUAUCCCCUAGGAACAUUGUUAGUGAAAGUGCUAUUUGCACAAGCUGGCAGCUUUACAGGUACAGAAUUUAUUCCUCUGGGAAGCUGAGUUCUCCCCAUCUGUCCUGGCAGCUUUACACAAACAUGGUGGUAGCAGUGCCUUAAAAGCCACACUUCCCCAGCUUAGGCAGACAUUAACUCACUAGACAAAGUUGGCAGAAGACUAUAGCUUCUUUAGAUUGAAAACAAUCAAUUUUUAUUUCCCUUGUACAGCAUUAUCUUCCGAUUGUGUUUUAAUUCUUCAGAGCGGGAGCUUUUGUCAGCUGUCCAAACACCAAAGUCUGAUACAAACAACAGAAUAAAUUUACUGUCCCUAAAAAUGUAAAAACCUGUCCUGUUGGACUUCCCAUGUUGGCCAUGUAUUUGAUUACAAACCAUUCCUAUGGACAGAGUGAUUAUUUAUGUUGUGGGCAGUGGCAGAUCUGUUGCCAGUCAAAUUCCUCCCAAAGGGCUCAGUGUGCGCAGAGAAUAGGAGGGGCAUCAGCAGCAUUAGAGACUGCAGCAAACACAUCUCAUGCAAAAGACAGAAGAGCAGAGAGGAAAAAAGAGAAGAGAAAGAGGAUUGAGAGAAAACUAUGCUGCUUGAGGAAGAAAAGAUAUAAACUGACAAUCAAGUACAUCAGGAGUUACACAAGCAACAUGUCUCGGUCACCAGGAAGAAAGCAGGAGAACCACAAAAUAAGCAGAGAACUUUUUGUACUCACAUAUGGGGCUUUGGUAGCCCAGCUGUGCAAGGACUAUGAAAAAGAUGAAGAUGUCAAUGCCUGUUUAGAUAGAAUGGGAUACAGCAUUGGCAUAAGGCUGAUUGAUGACUUUUUGGCUCGUUCAGCUGUGAAAAAGUGCCGUAGUUACUCUGAAACUGCAGACGUGAUUGCACAGGUUGCUUUCAAGAUGUACCUUGGGGUCACUCCUAGUGUGAGCUGCAGUAGUGCCACAGGGAAUGAAUUCUCCUUAAUCCUGGAUAAAAACCCCCUCGUGGACUUUGUGGAGGAGCUGCCAGCAGAACGAGCAUCACUUUGCUAUUGUAACCUCCUCUGUGGGGUGAUUCGAGGUGCCUUGGAAAUGGUUCACUUAGCAGCAGAAGUUUCCUUCCUCCAGGACAGGCUGAAGGGUGAUGCUGUGACAGAAAUAGGAAUUACGUUUUUAAGGAAGCCUGAAGACAGAAAGCACAGAAGGAACAAAUGAAGGAAAUGUUGGGAGAAACCCUUGCUGAGGAAUGUUUUGUGCCUUUUGCUUCAGAAGAAGAUGGGGUAAAAAUGGCUUUGCUGAGUCAGCUGCACCAGUCCCCUGGUUGAACAGUGAAGAGAGCUGGGCAGCAAAGAGGAGAGCAGGGCAGAGGAGAGCUAUGUUAAUUGUCUUGACACAGAUAUCAGUAAAAAAGGAAUGCUCUGCCCUUCCUUCUCACAUACCCAGGCUCUUGAACUUAAUGGAAGUUUUAUCUCAGUAUUUAGUGUGUAUAAUAUUCAUCUGUGUACCAGCUGUUUUCAGGUAAAGGUGAUGAUCUUUUCUCAUUUUGUUUAUCAGUAAUGUUUCAAAGCAUGGUUGCUAGAGGUGCUUUAUUUCCCUGACUGUGUGUGGUUAUCCAUAAAGGAUUUAUCUACUGUGAUUGCUGUAUGCAGUGUCUCACUCACAGGUGCAUGUUUUGAUGUGUAAUGCUUUGCCAUUCAUUGUCCCCCACACUGGACAUCCUGCUGUCUUUGACACCAGAGAGGGAUGUGUCUUCACUGACAGCAGGAGCUGGUGUUCUUUCCAGCUCUUCAGGUCCCACAUACAGUUUUGCUGGCACUCCUGUUCAGUGCUGUGCACACACCAGGCUGUAGCACUUUGACAACUGUAGUGAUGCUUGUGUCUCUCCAAGCUAUGGGCCUUUUCAUGUCACUGAUCUUGUGACCAAACUGAGCAAAGCAUGAUGUAUUUAAAGUGUAGCCAUUGUUGAUCUGUACCUGCCUAAGGAAACUUGAAUAAAAAUUCUGAGAUUGCCACACAACUAGUUUGGUGAUCA